AUGGCGUCACAGGAUGGAGGGAGGGAGAGGACAAGUCGAAAGCUGACGAAGAAGCGAAAGGAGUCGAGAAGAGAAGCGCGCGGCAUGUCGCUGGAUAUACCAGAGCGUUUCAAGGACGGGGAUGACGAGCAUGUAGAUGUCACGGCGCCGACGCGGAAUAAUACCAUGUCGAUGAACCAGUCUAUAUUCUCUAUGAUUGCACGAGCCGGACAGCAGUCACACACGGACCUGGGGGCCCUGCAGGAGAUGGAUUCGGGCGACAGCGAAGACGAGGGAAAGAGGAAGGUCCCGUAUCAUGGUUUAGAUGGUGCUGCAAGGUUAAGUCGCUUGAGUUCAGCGAAUGACUUCCGGACUCUACCAAAGGAUGUGCAACAUGGGAGCACUGACAAGACGAAACACAGGCGAGCAUUGUCAGAGAACAAGUUGCUGCGUUCGCUGCCCAAAUUAAAGAUGUCCAACAGGAAAGAGAGCCGAGCGGAAGGCCAGCAGCCUACGGAUCCAAUGUCCUCGUCCCAGUUCCUGCCACCUCGACCGCGGCCAGGAGUCUCGCUCCCGACCACCGCGAUCGAUCAGUCUCAGAAGGCAAACGCCAAGGAUAUGCCUCGUGAGGAGAUACACGUCGAGAAACGCCGGAGGAGCAGACAUGGAAGGUCGGCUGAGCCGACUAAUGGCAAAGCGCCUGUCACACUUGCGAAGAGGAUACAGCAGAUCUUCGAGUUUGAGGCUGUUGAGGAAGUCAUAGCAGAAUAUCCUUGCUGGUUACUCCAGAGCGUUCUCCUUCAAGGGUAUAUGUACAUCACCCAAAAGCACAUAUGCUUCUAUGCAUAUAUACCGAAGAAACAUCACGACGUAAGCAAAACAGGCUACGUCUUCAAGCAUGGCCGAUCAAAGUACAAUAGAUAUUGGUUCGUCCUACGAGGUGAUGUAUUGUCGUACUACACGAACCCCGCGGAGCUCUACUUCCCUCGAAAUCGUAUCAAUCUGCAAUACGCUAUCUCAGCCGACGUGGUCGAAAGCAAGAAACGGGGCGACGAGGAGACUACAUUCAUCGUUACCACAGACGAAAGAAAGUACCAAUUCAAGGCUGACAGCGCAACAAGUGCGAAGGAGUGGGUCAGGUCCAUUCAAAAAGUCAUAUUCCGCACACACAACGAAGGCAAUAGCGUGAAGAUAUCGUUACCUAUACAGAACGUCCUUGAAAUAGAAGAGAGCUCGAUACUCGACUUCGCAGAGACGGUCAAAGUUCGUGUAAUUGAUAAUGAUGAGACGUUUGCUAUUGAUGAAUACUUCUUCUCGUUCUUCAAUAGCGGCCCAGACGUGUUGAAUGUCCUGCGUAUAAUGAUCAAUGAUAAUGAGCAUCACCAGCCUACACAAACUCGUGACCGAAGUGCGAUCACCCCGACUCUAUUAGGGCUAUCCAGUCACGACGAGUUUAUGGCAUCGCCAAAUAGUACGGACAACACAACACACAUAACAGAAAACGUCCGUGCCACGCUGUCACCACUACCUGCGCCGCAUGUAAGCAAAUCAAGCACAAGCGAUAUCUCUGCUCGGUCUAGUGUUGAUCUCAAUCGAAAGAGCUGGGAUGUACGACGUAGUAUGGACAUCAGCCGUAGUUUCCGCCGCCCGAGCCAUGAAGUACGACGCCCUAGCCAUGAAAUCCGGCGGAGCUUCAGCGCUGGUCGUCAUGAUAAGCAGGUGAAGGGUGGACCGGGGGAUAGAUCGCCGUUGUCUUUAAAUGCGGCAGAUUCGGAAUCUGCUACUCUUUCACUCGAACCCGGUACAGAAUCAUCGGCAGCCAUCCAAUCGAUAGACGAGAGCAACGAGUCUGCUUCACAAAUCUUGGAUCGCUCCGACGUGUUUCUAGCCCCUAUGGCUCACUCGCCCGAUGCCUCUCCUUCUCAUAAGGUGGACCGGUUAGCUAGACUCUCACACGACACGACACGUUCUUUUGGAGUGGGCAAAGCUCAAGCAAAGUCCGCACGACCUGCACCACACCUAGGUAAUGCGCAGCCACCGACAGGCUCUCUGGAUAUAGAAGAGGACACAGAUGUUAGUCAAGCACCUCCACGCUUAUCGAGUUCCUCCUCCGCCCUCCAAGAGCUCGCCUCGUACCCCCUACACAAAGCUUCUGGCUUAGCAGGCUUCCUUCGGUCACGGUCCAAGCAAAUGGGCAAUCUACUUGCAACCGAAUCAAUAGGCUACUACGAGAAAGUUUCCGGAAUGCUAGCUGGCGGUCGAAAGCACUACACUACCGCAGAGGGGCUAGAGACUGGGGAUCAAGUACAUGUACUUGAAGACGACGAGGACGCAGCGAAAGCGGCAGAAAAUUUCCGAGAGCAUUUCGCCUUUCCGGAGACUGAGGUGCUCCAGUCGUCGUUCUUUGCAUCGCUCCAGCGGGUGCUCCCGAACUACGGCAAGAUCUACAUCAGCGGGAGAUACUUUUGCUUCCGUAGUCUGAUGCCUACGUCCAAGACUAAGAUCAUUCUACCAAUGAAGGACAUCGAGAAUGUCAACAAAGAGAAGGGAUUUCGACUCGGCUACCACGGUCUUGCGAUUGUCAUCAGGGGCCACGAAGAGCUCUUUUUCGAGUUCUCCAAGGCUGAGUACCGCGACGAGUGCGCUAUCACCGUGCUUCGCAUCCUGGAGAACACCAGAUACCUUGAAGAUGAAGACUCGCCUUCUUCCGGUAUUGACAGCGACGAUGAAGCCGCUAAAGCUGAACAUGACCUUUUACGACAGGCUCGAGAGAACAACAACGCGGGAAAGACUGUUAAUGUAUCAAAUCUCGUACGUGCGGCGGACCAUGAUCGAAUCCCCCUCAUCUUCGACGAUCCCCUUGCCUCGUUUGUCGACUUUAAGCCCCCGGAGCCAUUGACCAUCGUCUGUCUUACCAUUGGGUCUCGAGGUGACGUACAGCCAUACAUUGCGCUAUGUAAGGAGCUACUGAAAGAGGGACACAAGCCGCGCAUUGCGACACACGCGGAGUUUGAGCCCUGGGUGCGGAAGCACGGUAUCGAUUUCGCACCCGUGGAUGGGAAUCCAGCUGAGUUGAUGCGGAUUUGUGUUGAGCACGGCAUGUUCACAUACAACUUCAUGAAGGAGGCUAACUCCAAGUUCCGCGGAUGGCUUGACGAUGUGUGCAGCUCUUCAUGGCGGGCUUGCCAGGGUGCAGAUGUCCUAAUCGAGAGCCCUAGCACCAUGGCCGGUAUCCAUAUAGCAGAGGCUUUGGAAAUUCCGUAUUUUCGUGCCUUCACGAUGCCUUGGACACGCACUCGGGCUUAUCCGCAUGCCUUUUCGGUGCUGGAGAAGAAGAUGGGCGGCGGCUACAACAGCAUCACAUACAUUACCUUCGACACUAUUUUCUGGACUGCCAUCUCCGGCCAAAUCAACAAGUGGCGUCGUCGAGAAUUGGGGCUUCAAAACACUUCGCAAAACAAGAUGCAGGCGAGUCUCCGACCCUUCCUGUACAACUUUAGCCCCCACGUGGUGCCACCGCCACUCGAUUGGCCUGAUUGGGUCCGCGUCACAGGGUACUGGUUUUUAGACGAAGCAGAUAUGUAUGAACCUCCUACAGAUCUAAUGGCAUUUAUCGAGCAGGCGCAGAAGGAUGGUAAGAAGUUAGUUUAUGUGGGGUUUGGCUCCAUUGUUAUUGACGAUCCCGCCGCUCUCACCAAGACUGUUGUAGACUCUGUCCUGAAGGCAGAUGUUCGCUGUGUACUAUCCAAGGGCUGGUCUGAUCGCCUGGAGACUAAAGACGCUUCGAAACCCGAGAUCCCUCUUCCCCCAGAGAUUUUCCAGAUCCAGGCGGCGCCACAUGAUUGGCUGUUUAAGCAAAUGGAUGCCGCGGUGCACCACGGUGGCUCAGGUACAACGGGAGCGAGUCUUCGAGCCGGCAUUCCCACGAUCAUCAAGCCUUUCUUUGGCGACCAAUAUUUCUUCGCCCAGCGUGUGGAGGACAUGGGUGUGGGCACCUGGCUGAAGAAAGUUAACACAAGCGCGUUUAGUCGUGCACUGUGGGAGGUCACGAACAGCCAACGGAUGAUUGUCAAGGCCAAGGUUUUGGGCCAGAAGAUUCGAAAGGACAAUGGCACACAGGUCGCUAUCCAGACCAUCUACCGCGAACUCGACCGUGCCCGCUCCCUAAUCAAGAAGCACGCGAAGCAAGACGACGACCCCACGGACGAGUUCGAGGAUGACUGGACGAUUGUUGAAGAUGGCGAGGAAAUGGAUGUCUCUUAUCCUUUUGAGAUGCAACAGCCCGUGCCGGGGGUCAGCCAGGAUGCAUCUCGAACCGUUCACGGUUCUGUGGUAUUGGGAAGCACAGAUUUGAAGGGCGUAGAUGCGCAGAAGCGCGACCCAGCGUCUGCAUAG